UAACAGCUGUGAUGUAUUCAAAUCCAGAAUUGUGUCAGGGCCAGAUGAAGUGUCUAGUCAAAAGGUUUCUUCAAGACAAGCAGUUAGAUGGGGUUGCUACAGGUGAUCUGAUCAUUCAGCAAUUUUCACAAUUGUUGUCCCUGGAGGUGAGGAAUGAGAAGUUUCUGUCUUUCAAGCCCCUCGAGAAGAGGCUGGAUGUGUUUCUCCAUCCUUAUAUAAGUCAGCCCUACCCACAGCUCUGGGCUUUCAUCAGAAACCUUCUGCUCCUCUCCCAUGGGCAGGCUACGGUGGAGAGGGGCUUCUCUAUCAAUAAACAAGUAGAAACUUGUAAUAUCCAAGAGGACACUGUCAUUGCACAAAGAGUUGUGUGCGAUUACGUGUCCAUGCAUGGGGGUGUUACCAAGGUGCCCCUCACACCAGAGCUCCUGUCUUCAGUCACAUCAGCAAGAGUGAGUUACAGGAUGCAUCCUGAACGAAAGAAAAAAGAAUCUCAAGCACAUAGUCAAAGAAGAAUAAUGAUUGAAGAGGAGUUGGAGCAGCUAAAAAAGACAAGACAGAACAUCCAGGAAGUUGCGGAGCAUCUGAGGAGGGAUGCAGACAAGAUGGCAGAGGAGGCUGAGGACAAACAAGGCAGCAAAAUGGCAGAGCUUAUUGCCAAGUCAAAUGCAUUGAGAAGAAGCUACAAGCAGAAGUUGACAGAACUUGAGAGCCUGGGCGAAAAAAUUGCAACCAAGGCAGCAGAGCUGCGAAGGCUGUAGUGUUCAACACCAAGUUCAAAUCUAUUUAUUACAA